GUGCGGCGCUGCUUUUCCCUCCCUGGCGCCUGUCAGUCAGUCCGUCCGUCUGUGAGGGGGAAGAGCGAGGCGAGGGAGGAAGGAAGCGGCGGAAGGAGCAGCGAAGAGGAGGAAGAGGAGGAAGAAGAUGGGGCAGCAGCCGCACUGAGGAGGGGACGAGCACCGCCGCCCGCCAUGGCCGACCCGGCCCCCGCCCGGAGCCUCGACGACAUCGACCUCUCCGCCCUCAGGGAUCCUGCUGGAAUAUUUGAACUGGUGGAGGUGGUCGGCAAUGGAACGUAUGGACAGGUGUACAAGGGUCGCCAUGUCAAGACUGGGCAGUUGGCCGCUAUCAAAGUCAUGGACGUCACGGAGGACGAAGAGGAAGAGAUCAAGCAAGAGAUCAACAUGCUGAAGAAGUACUCUCACCACCGCAACAUUGCCACUUACUACGGGGCCUUCAUUAAGAAGAGUCCCCCUGGGAACGACGACCAGCUCUGGCUGGUGAUGGAGUUUUGUGGCGCAGGCUCCGUGACAGACCUGGUGAAGAACACCAAAGGCAACGCUCUGAAGGAGGACUGCAUCGCCUACAUCUGCCGGGAGAUCCUCAGGGGGCUUGCCCACCUCCAUGCACACAAGGUGAUCCACCGAGACAUCAAGGGCCAGAAUGUCCUCCUCACCGAGAACGCAGAGGUGAAGUUAGUUGACUUUGGGGUCAGCGCCCAGCUGGACCGCACGGUGGGGCGUCGGAACACAUUUAUCGGCACCCCUUACUGGAUGGCACCAGAGGUGAUUGCCUGCGAUGAGAACCCCGACGCCACAUACGACUACAGGAGCGACAUCUGGUCCCUGGGGAUCACCGCCAUCGAGAUGGCCGAGGGAGCGCCACCCCUGUGCGACAUGCACCCCAUGAGGGCCUUGUUCCUCAUCCCUCGCAACCCACCGCCCAAGUUGAAAUCCAAGAAAUGGUCCAAGAAGUUCAUUGACUUCAUUGACAACUGCCUGAUCAAGGCCUACACCAGCCGCCCCCCGACAGAGCAGCUCCUCAAGUUCCCCUUCGUCCGGGACCAGCCCACGGAGCGGCAGGUCCGCAUCCAGCUCAAGGACCACAUCGACCGCACCCGCAAGAAGAGGGGGGAGAAAGACGAGACAGAGUACGAGUACAGCGGCAGCGAGGAAGAGGAAGACGGGCGCGGCGAGGAAGGGGAGCCCAGCUCCAUCAUGAAUGUCCCCGGAGAGUCGACGCUGCGCCGGGAGUUCCUCCGCCUGCAGCAGGAGAACAAGAGCAACUCGGAGGCCCUGAAGCAGCAGCAGCAGCAGCUGGCAGCCCAGCACCGCGACUCCGAGGCCCACAUCAAGCACCUCCUGCACCAGCGCCAGCGGCGCAUCGAGGAGCAGAAGGAGGAGAGGCGGCGCGUGGAGGAGCAACAGCGCCGAGAGCGGGAGCAGCGUAAGAUGCAGGAGAAGGAACAGCAGCGGCGCCUGGAGGACAUGCAGGUCAUGCGCCGAGAGGAGGAGCGCCGGCAGGCGGAGCGAGAGCAGGAGUAUAUCAGGCACAAGUUAGAGGAGGAACAGAGGCAGCUCGAAAUCCUGCAGCAGCAGCUCCUCCAGGAACAAGCACUGCUGUUGGAGUACAAGCGCAAGCAGCUGGAGGAGCAGCGCCAGUCGGAGCGGCUCCAGCGCCAACUGCAGCAGGAACAUGCCUACCUGAAGUCCCUCCAGCAGCAGCAACAGCUCCAUAAGCAGCAACAGCAGCAGCAGCAGCAGGAGAAGAAGCCCCUCUACCACUACAACCGCAGCGCCAACCCUGCCGACAAGCCCACCUGGGCCCGGGAGGUGGAAGAACGGACCCGCAUGAACAAGCAGAACUCUGCCUCGCCGGUGGCCAAGACUAAACUGGGGGGCCCUGGGCCAGAGUUGGCACCCCAGUCCCGCUCCGAGUCGGUGUCGUUCAACUCCUCCCCAGCCUCGCAGACCCCACCUAUGCAGCGCCCUGUCGAGCCCCAGGAGGGGCAGCACAAGAGCCACCUCGCCCACCGCGUCCCCCUCAAGCCAUACGCAGCCCCCGUCCCUCGCUCCCAGUCGCUGCAGGACCAGCCCAGCAAGAACAUGGCCGCUUUCCCCGUCCAUGACUCCUCAUCCUCCUCCGCCGCCUCCUCCUCCGCCUCCUCCUCCUCCGCCCCAUCCCCACCAAGGGCGGGCAUGAUCCGGCAGAACUCUGACCCCACUUCGGAGGGGCCCGCCCCACCGCCGAGCCGCCCCACCGCCGCCGAACAGCGAGGACCCUGGGUCAGAAUGGAUCCUGAGGCCCCUCCCAAGGUCCCCCAGCGAACGUCCUCCAUCGCGACAGCACUCAACACCAGCGGGGCGGGGAGUGGCGGCGGUGCCAUUCGGCCAGUCCACGCAGUCCGAGCCAGGCCCCGUAGCAAGUCUGCCUGGCACAUCCACAUGCAGAGCCGGCUGGAGAGGGGCCCCCGGUGGGGAGGCCCUUCGCCAGCCCCUCCUCCUCCUGCCCCCCCGCAGCCCGCCCGCCGGACCCCACCCCGGGACCCUCUGGCCCCCGUGCCAAACGCCAGUAGCAACCCCGACCUCCGGAGGAGCGACCCAGGCUGGGAGAGGGCGGACAGUAUGCUGCAGUCUGGCACAGGCAACCUGCCUCAGGCUGGCUCUCUGGAGCGCAACCGCAUAGGAGCCCCCCUGAAACUGGACAGCUCUCCGAUCCUGCCGCCAGGGAACAAGCCCAAGGGGGAUGACCACCGGUCCCGGCCUGGCCGGCCAGCCAGUUAUAAGCGGGCAAUUGGAGAGAACUUUGUGUUGCCCAAGGAUCGCCUGGAGGAGGCAGCCCCCAAGCCCCUCAAGAAGGCCAUGGACUACUCCUCCUCCAGCGAGGAGAUGGACUCAAGCGAGGAGGAAGAGGAGGAGGAGGAGGAAGGAGAAGGGGAGCGCUCCGAGCCCACGGCGGACACUCCGGGGACCAGAGACGGCGACACAGACUCCGUGAGCACCAUGGUGGUGCAUGAUGUGGAGGAUCUGACGGGCGGCAGUGGCGGUUCAGAGAGCUCCUAUGGCGAGGGCACCAUGCUGGUGCAGCGGACACCCGAGGAGGAGCGGGGCCUCCUGCACAGCGACAGCAACGGCUACACCAACCUGCCGGACGUGGUCCAGCCCAGCCACUCGCCCACCGAGGCCAAGAGCAGCAGCAACGGCUCAUCCUCACCGGCCAAGGACACGGCCACCGACUACCAGUCAAGGGGGCUGGUCAAGGCUCCCGGGAAGAGCUCCUUCACAAUGUUUGUGGACUUGGGCAUCUACCACAGCUCGCCUGGAGGGGGCGACACCAUCCCCAUCACUGCGUUUGACCCGGGGCGGCUGGAGCAGCUGCAGCUGGAGGCGCGGAAGGGCUCUGUGGUCAAUGUGAACCCCACCAACACGCGGCCCCACAGCGACACCCCCGAGAUCCGCAAGUACAAGAAGCGCUUCAACUCGGAGAUCCUGUGUGCCGCCCUCUGGGGGGUCAACUUGCUGGUGGGGACCGAGAACGGACUGAUGCUCCUGGACCGGAGCGGGCAAGGGAAGGUCUACACCCUCAUCAACCGGCGCCGCUUCCAGCAGAUGGACGUCCUGGAAGGGCUCAACCUCCUGACCACCAUCUCGGGGAAGAGGAACAAGCUCCGCGUCUACUACCUCUCCUGGCUGCGGAACAAAAUUUUGCACAACGACCCUGAAGUGGAGAAGAAGCAAGGCUGGACCACCGUGGGGGACAUGGAGGGCUGUGUCCACUACCGUGUGGUGAAAUACGAGCGGAUCAAGUUCCUGGUCAUUGCACUCAAGAACUCAGUGGAAGUCUAUGCCUGGGCACCCAAGCCCUACCACAAAUUCAUGGCCUUCAAGUCUUUUGCUGACUUGCCUCACCGGCCGCUGCUGGUGGAGCUGACGGUGGAGGAGGGCCAGCGGCUCAAAGUGAUCUACGGAUCCUGCGCCGGCUUCCACGCCAUCGACGUGGACUCAGGAAACAACUACGACAUCUAUAUACCAGUACAUGUAAGUCUGGCCAGCGGGCGGAAGGGAGGAGCGGGCCGUGGGGGUGGUUGGGGGUGCCUCAUUCAAGCCUUCCUUCUCCUGCUGCUGCCCCAGAUCCAGUCGCAGGUCACCCCCCAUGCCAUCAUCUUCCUGUCCAACACCGAAGGGAUGGAGAUGCUCCUUUGCUAUGAGGACGAGGGCGUUUACGUCAACACCUACGGGCGCAUCAUCAAGGACGUCGUGCUGCAGUGGGGGGAGAUGCCUACCUCCGUUGCUUACAUCUGCUCCAAUCAGAUCAUGGGUUGGGGCGAGAAAGCCAUUGAGAUCCGCUCGGUAGAGACGGGGCACCUGGACGGAGUCUUCAUGCACAAGCGGGCACAGCGCCUGAAGUUCCUGUGCGAGCGCAACGACAAGGUGUUCUUCGCCUCCGUCCGCUCCGGGGGCAGCAGCCAGGUCUACUUCAUGACCCUGAACAGGAACUGCAUCAUGAACUGGUGAGGGCAGGGGGGGCUCGCCCCAUCCCACCCCUCCUGCUUGCCCCACUCCAUGGCAGGAGGGGGGGGGGAGAAGGAGGAGGAGGAUCUCGUCAGAUGCCCUGCUUGAGCUCAACAACGGCCCAGAGAAGACCAUCCGGUGAAAGCGAAAGCGAUGCCUUGGCGGUUCAUUUCUCAGUCCCGCCCUCCCCUCCUCUCGGCUGCCCUUUGGGGGCCUCUGCGUCCCCAUUUAACUCUUCUGUUUCUGAUAGGAAAGAAGCCGGGUGCUUGGCUGGGGUGGGGUGGGGGUCCGGUGGUCCUAAGGAGGACAGCCCCCCCCCCUUGCUGCAUCCACAUCCCUGAAGAAAUGCCUGUUGUGGUCCCACUUCAGGGCAGCUGGGGAGGGGCCUGGAGAGCGACGCCUAAAUGACUCCCCCUCCUCAUCCCAGAAUUCAACAGUAUUUCAGUGUCCCCAAGAGGAUGAGGGGGGGGGCGCCUCUGGGGCAGGGUUUUAUUAUCAAAGCCAAAUCAUGUAAAUAAAAGCAGCUGGGAGUCCCGUCCACCCCCCUCCCACCCACUUUCCUAUCUUCCAGUCAGAGGAGGAAGGAAAGCUGCAACUCCCCACAGCUUAUGGGGACAGGGUGUUGGGAGCAGCUGGGAUCCACUUUUGCGGGGGGGGGGAGAGAGAGAGAGAGAGAAGAAGAGGAGGAAGUGUGGGUGUUCUCCCAUUCUGAGCCAUUUCCCCCAUGUCCCUUGCAGGCAGACCUCUUGGCUUUGUGAAACUCCCCCCACCCCACCCCCAAAAAAGUAAUCUUGCAGCACGUGCCAGGCACCUCCACCUGCUGGCUUCCUCUCUCACACUCUCUCUCAUAUCCGCGGGGAAGUUAUAAGGGGCUGAGAAUGAGGUUGCCCUCAUCCUGGCUCACCAGGGGGGCAAAAUCGCUGGCGCCUCCCUCCUGACCCGCCACCCAGACCGGCCAUGGGACGCGUGUUGGAUGUAUAUCGGAAUUCUCUCCCGCCCCCCAGCCACCCAUGGGGGGAGCUGUGUAUAUUUUGCUUUAAAUAUUCCUUUUGUAAUGGCAAUUAAGUAAUUAACUAACAAAGCACUUUAACUGGGCCCACCUAAUCAGGGUGGUUAGUGGAUUGGGAAGGGGGAGCAGGAAGCUGGGGGGGGCUUGGCAGUGUCUUCCCCCCACCCCAAACCCUGCAAGGCCUCAGCCAGGCAGCUUUUUCCUUCCCAGGGUGCUGCAGGGGAGACAGGAGGUGAAGUUGGCUUCUUCCCUAAGCAGAAGCAAACAGCCUGUCUUUGCUGGGCCACCCCUGUCUCGCUCCCUCUCUUGAUUCCUCACUGGGUUUGGGGCUUCCCAUGGGGGGCGCUGACGACCAGAGGCGGGGGCCUCAAGGCCAGAUCCCUUUGCGCAACCCUCUCCCCGCCCCCCUUCCUUGGGCAACUUUGGUUUCUUGUGUAUUUUUGCUUGCGUUUGUAUAUAACCCUCCCGGACCCCCACGUGGGUGAAGGGAGCUGCCCCACCCCACCCCACCCUGCCCUCCAGCAAUCAGCGGUGGCCUUGGGAUGAUGAUGAUGAUGAUGAUGAUGAAGACGACAUCUGUUUAAUAAAAGAACCAAAAUCUGUGAGUC